AUGGGAUCACAGCGAGUAGGGGAAGUCGCAACAGGUGGUAGCGAAUCAAGACCAAGUGGCUCUUCAGAAAAUAAUAAUAAUAACAAUCAAGCGCCGAGUAAUGCGAAUUCUCGUCCAUCUCGAGGUCCGAUAUUUCCCGUAUCUCUUGACAAUAUCCCGGCAACUUCAUCUCAGCGAAUACACUUUACCAUGAAUUCAGAUGGUACUCUUAACAAACAUUUAAAGUUAAGACAAGGAGGAUCUUCCAUGAAUAUCAAAAUGAGACAGUUACCAUCAUCAAGCAACGCGGUUCAUGUUCAACAAGAGCAACCAUCGGCGCAACAAGUUGAACGGCAGGUGCACCAAGUCGAACCACCUAUGGAACAAGUCCGAACAUCUGCGCAACAAGGUCAUCAACCGGCGCAUCAAGGCCAAUCACUGAUUCAACAGGACCAAACACGUAUGCAACAAAGCCAAACGCAUGUACAACAAACCCAAUCACCUGUCCAACAAAGUCAAACGCAUGCUCAACAAACCCAAUCAUCUGUGCAGCAAAGCCAAAUAUCUACGCAACAAAGCCAAAUAUCUACGCAACAAAGUCAAAUAUCUACGCAACAAAGCCAAACACCUGCGCAACAAGGCCAGCGACCCGAGGAACAAGGCGAAAUACAAUCAAGACCAACCGAUCCUGUAGGAAAUAAUAUUAACAAUGUACCCCCAAAUAUACCUCCUCGUGCACGACCCCCCAAUGGUGUGCGCCAAAUAUAUCAGAUAAAUCCGUUAACUGGCAAUUUGGAAUUAAGAAACAUACAAUUGAUCAAUGUCGAACAAGGACGAUUUCAUUUGCAUGUUGGAAAUCCACCACUUGCUCCAAGAGGCCCAACAGACCAACCACCUAGGCCACAAGGCGGACAAGGUCCACCACAAAAUCCCUAG